UGAAGUGAAACGGGAGGCUGAACCCUGCUGAAAACCUGACGGCAGAGCCUCAUUUCAUUGAAGUCUGCUUUUUUUCCCUCCAUGUCCUGCUGAGUGAAACCUGCUUCUGUCCAGCAAGCUCAGGAUCUGAUAGCAAGACGCCCACGGCAACCACCGCAGGCAGAGGAUGCUCUGAGAGGGGCUGGACGUUUUUAAGAAGUUGGCUUUUAGCUGUUUUUAUCCCGGAUUUUGACAAUGUUGCGCAAGUUUCUUUCAGGUACAAAUAAGUUUCCUGCUCUUCGCCGGAAAUUAUGGCGUUAGGAAAAGUUGUUUCUUGAACUGCUUUUGGAGUAUAUAAUGUCAAUGAAUAAUCAAUCGAUGACAGAGAGGACCAUGGUUCCGACCAUUCCUUCGAUUAUGUUCAUUUCUGGGGUGGUUGGCAAUAUCAUCGCCAUUGCGGUUCUUUCUAAAUCUCUGAAAGAACAGAAAGAAACCACGUUUUACACGCUGGUGUGUGGACUGGCAGUCACGGACCUACUGGGCACAUUGUUGGCCAGUCCGGUCACCAUCGCCAUUUAUAUGAAAGGAUCGUGGCUGGGAGAUGACCCGCUGUGCCAGUACUUUGGAUUCACCUUGCUUUUCUUCUCUCUGGCGGGCCUCAGCAUAAUCUGUGCCAUGUCUGUGGAGCGAUACAUCGCUAUAAACCAUGCUUACUUCUACAAUGACUAUGUGGACCAAAAACUGGCGGGUUUAACUCUCCUAGCAAUCUACAUCUCCAAUGCGCUUUUCUGCGCCCUGCCAAGUAUGGGCUUUGGACAGGUGAAGAAACAAUACCCGCAAACCUGGUGUUUUUUAGAGUGGAGGAGCAACAAGACCAGCGAUGCCGCCUACACCUACAUGUAUGCGGGUUUCAGCUCUCUUCUUAUUCUCGUCACUGUUAUUUGUAACGUGCUGGUGUGUGUGGCUCUGAUCCGGAUGCACCGGCGCUUCGUGCGCAGAAUGUCCUUGGGAACCGAUCUAGGGCGCAGCGUGGACCCGCGGAGAAGAGGACGCAGUUUUGGGCGUCUGGCCGGUGCAGAGAUUCAGAUGGUUAUUUUGCUCAUAGGCACGUCGGCAGUGGUGCUCAUUUGUUCCAUCCCACUUGUAGCUCGGGUAUUUUUGAACCAGCUUCAUAAGCCACCAGUGGAAUUACGGUUGGACAAAAACCAGGAUCUACGAGCAAUACGCUUCGCCGCUUUCAACCCUAUACUUGACCCCUGGAUCUACAUCCUGCUCCGCAAGACUGUUCUCCUGAAGCUCAUUGAGAAAAUCAAGUGUUUGUUUUGUAAAAUGGGAGCAAGGAGCCAGCAGAGACAGAACAACUUGCACUGUAUAGAUGCUCAUCAUCUCACCUCGGUCAUCUCUAACCAGGCCUUUUUGCAUAAUGUCAACCCCAGCUUCCAGAGGUUCCUCUACCUGCCGGAGGGAGGUGAGGUCUACGCUGGAAACUGUCAUAAAGUCGACAAACUCUCUGGUUCAAGAUCUUCAUCGGUCAGAAACUCACAAGCUUCUUACUCAUCUGAGCAGGGCAGUGCUGAGGGUCAAGGUAGGGAAGGCACAAAUGUUAUCGGAGUCCUUUCAGCCUGCCCAAAAGAUCCAGCACUUGAGGUGUCUUUGAGCGCUGAGACAGUGGAGGAAAAAUGCAUCUGACUUAACUAUGAAAAUGCAGAGAAAAAAACAAUAGAAACUUGAAGUGCUGUGAGCUUUAUCGUCUUGUGUUCUCUGCUUCAGCACCAAACUACCUCAAGCAAUGACUAUUUAUGUGUGAGCACGUCAUUAUUUCACCCAUAUGUUCUAACAGAGAUAACCCACAUCUUAAUGAGUCAAGUGUCAGUGGUGGAAAAUCCAUCCUUUUUAAUUUCAGCUGCUUUGUUUAGUCACUGUGUCAACAUUUACUUUAAAGUACAUGAGGCCAGAAAUUUAGAAUAACGGAGUCACAGGCUUGUGGUCCCUAUGGUAAGUGAAUGUGAUACUUAUGAGUAACCACUGACGUGUGUGGUCCCACUGUAAGGCCUGAGUGAAAUUCUAAUGCACAGUGCUUUAUGGAAGAACAGAUUAUGGUAGUUACAAAACUGAUGAACAGUUAAAUAUUGCUAUCUGGUAACAUCACGUUUCAUAUUUCAGCCCUGGAGUACACACAAAUAUAUCACCUCGAAUUAUAACAAACUUUGUUUUCCUUUUUAUAAUGAGGGUAAAGGAUCAUGUACCAUAGUUAUUAACACCAAACUGCUUAAAUGUGUGACUGGGGGUGCUGAACAUCUUUUUCCUCAGCUACAGAAGGUGUGGUAUGAAUCAGUCGACCAGUUUUUCUUAUUGUGGAGUGUAAAUAUUUCAAUACAGCUGUCACCCUGACAAAAAGGUGUUCUAAAUAAUAAUUGUUGUGUAAAACAUUGCUUGUAGUAACAUUAUUCUUCUCUAGAAGAAGGUUUUUGUUAAUAAACCAUAUAGCUCCAAAGGGGUUACCCAAACGAAGUACAGUGCACAGUUAUUAAGUCAUAUGAAUUAUGUUUGAUCAGUAUUCAUGUUCUUGAAAUAAUAUCUUCUAGCACCAACAACCAGAAAAUCAAAACUCAGAUAAAUGGAGAGCUUCUUAUUUAGGGCUGCAAAUAACAUUUAUUUAUUUUUAAUAAGCUGGUAUCAGCAAAGGUUUUACAAAUAUGAAGUCCCAAACUUCUAAAUUUAAAUAUUCCGUGUUGGAAAAGUGCUGUUAUUUUGUCAAGCAAUGACUUGAUUCAUAUUUUUUUUUGUGAUCCUGUUCUGAGUUUACCUACAUUUUUUUCCAGUGACACAUUCCCUUUUUUAUGUGGAACAAUGUUAGUCAGUUCACACCUUCUUUUCCUGUCGUAUCACUACAUAAUAAACAGACAGCACUUCUGAACUCCCGUUUGUUUGUCCACUCGAAUGAGCUUUACGUCUUUAGUUUCAGCAGUUCUGAAGCAGACAAUCUGCCUCCUUUAUUCGGUUAUUAAAGCACCGGGAGAUAAUUGCUUAAUAUUGUGGAUUAAAUUAUUGCCUUUCUUGUUUCUCUCAUUGCUGUUAAUUUUAGACAAGCUUGUUUGUGCGUGAAUGCGGAGCCUUUGUGGUGUAAUGAUAUCUGGUUAAAGGCAGAUGUUGAUAUUGAAAGUAUGCACUUUAUUGUUUUUAUUGUAAUGUACAAUCGUAUCUGUGGAUAGUUGUUUGUUUUUCUCUGCUAUUGCGUUGCUUUUCUGUAAUUAUUGUCUGAUGUGUACCAACAGCGAGUAGCAGCUAAUAAUGAACAUG